CCAGAGACUUCCAUUUAGGCCACCAGCCAUCCAGCACGGUCCAAACGAAAACACUCGAUAAAAGCUAAGGUAGACAGUAGACUCUAUAAAUACACACACAAUAAUUAUCCCCAAACGCCUCUCAAUUCUACCUUGCCUUUUUUCCAUAACCAAAAGCCAAACAGGGGAGCUCUGAGAACACUAUCCCUACCUAAUACCUAUGGCUACAACGAUCAAAUUCGCCGCGUUUGUUGUGCUCUUAGCCGCCGUCGUGGCGACGAUGUUGCCUGAGACAACUAACGCCGCAACUCUUGUUGUCGGCGACACCACGGGAUGGACUGUUCCUCCCAGUACUUCCACUUACUCCGAUUGGGCCUCCAGACAGACCAUUAAAGUCGGUGACACUUUAGUGUUCAACUUUCCUAGUGGGGUACAUGACGUAGCUAAGGUAACAAAGAGUGCAUAUGAUAAUUGCAACACUACAAGUCCGAUUUCACUCUUUACAGUAGGACCAGCCAGUGUGAGUCUGAAUUCCAGUGGAGAAGAGUACUUCAUCUGCACCUUUGGUCAGCACUGCCCAUUGGGCCAAAAACUUGCUAUCAAUGUUUCUGCUGCCUCCGCACCUCCCUCUCCUACUCCCGCCCCGACUCCCCGCCCGACCCCUGUCCCGACCCCGACUCCAAAACCAACCCCGACCCCGGCCCCUACCCCAAUUCCAACCCCAAAGCCUAGCCCGGGCCCGUCUCCAUCCUCAACUCCAACUCCAACUCCAAGUUCAAGCCCUCCGGGGCCUGCGCCUGGUCAGGCACCGACUUCUCCUAGCCCUAGUGGAGGUACCCCUGGAGGUCCACCGGCACCGGUACCGGCGACCAACACUCCCGGGCCCACGGGCAACGCUCCCGGGGGAACGCCCACGGCGCCGCCACCGCCUAGCUCUGCUCCCACAACUAGUGUUGUUGCCACUUUUGUUGUUGUGGCCAUGUCAAUUGCCAUUGGUGUUGUGUGCUAAAUAAUUUGUAGUCCGGUAUAGAGAAUUUUGUGUACGUGUUAGUUAUGUCAUUGAGUUUGUACUUUAUUACACAGACAGACAGUUCGUGCGUGCACAGACAUCUUUGUUUUUAUUAUUAUUAUUUUGAUUGGCUAGUGAGGGAGCUACUGAUUGUUGUUUGUUGAUCAAUAAAAGGUGUUAUGUUUUCAAUUUUGAUUA